CCGGUCGCUCGUUUAAGUAGAUAUGUACUCUAGUCCGAGUAUUCUGAUUGCUGUUUUCCUAAAUGUAUGCUCAGAUGUACUUAUAGCAAAGAUUAUUGAUUUUUUGCCAUGAAAUUCUAACAGAAAAUAGUAAAAGCAAUUGAGAUAUAUUUUGAAAUUUCCCAAGUUUCUAUUUUUCCGCAAAUCAAUCCAUACAAAUAAUGUCCAUCAUGAAUUCAAUUAAUUUGUAGAUACUUUUAAUGAUCAAUAUACAAUGACAGGAAUAUUUAUUUUAUUAUAAGCAAAUUGAGUUACGGUAUAAAAUAUACGAAAUAAAAAUGAAUACACGUUCAAAUGGAAGACGUAAUUCAGUGCUAUUAAGGUUGGAUAGUGGCUCAAAGGCUCAAAAAUGUAGGCGUUCAAGUUCGUCAGUGUUAGAACCAUUGGAAGAUAUGGUUACAUGUCCAAUUGAUUUAAAUUUUUUAGAUGAUCCCAAAUUAUUACCAUGUGGUCAUGCAUUCUGUUGUAAAUGUUUAAAUAAAUAUAUGGAAAAAUUGUCAACUUCAAAUAAUGCUAGAAGUACCAGUACUACUGCUACUUCAAAUACUACUAAUAAUCGUAAUAGUAAUAAUAAUAAUAAUAAUAAUAAUAACACGAAUAAUACCAAUAAUCGUCGUAAUCAAAAAAAUGAUAAAUCCAAUGAAAAAACAUUUCCUUGUCCAAUAUGCCGUGCAUUAUGUCCAAUUCCAGUUACACGUAAUGCUGAUUCAUUUCCCAGUGCUUUUAAUCAUAAAGCAAUUUUAGAAUUUUUAAAAAAUAAUCAUAUUAAUAGUUUCAUAUCACGUAUGGAUAGUAACAAUGCUACUACUACCAAUAAUAAUAAUAAUAAUAAUAAUAAUAAUAACAACAAUGGAACAGUUGAACAAACUGAUAUCUCUAGUAAAAGUCCAUUGCCUACUCGUAAAACAUCAUUACAAGUUAGUUCAAGAAUGUUAAAUUAUAUAGUAGAUGAUAUUGCAGCAAGACAACGUGAAGGACGAAUGAAUGCAAUUGAUCGUGCAGUAAUUAUUGAUGAAUUCAAAGAGAUUUUAGUUAAUCUUCAAGCAUUUGAUGAUAAAUUACCAUUAAAUAAUAAUAAUAAACAAUAUCCAGUAAAUGUAAAUAAUACAACUAGUUCAUUAGAUAAAAAUACUAGUCAUGAUAUUAAUAGUAAUAAUAAUAAUAGUAAUGGUUGUACUACAUUACCUUGUACAAUUAACAAUCAAAAUACUACUACUACUACUACUACUACUAAUACUACUAUUACUACUAAUCCACGUUCUGGUACACCAUCAACUCUUUCACCAACUAAUUCAAUCCGUCAAUUUGGUAGAUUUCAUGCUGCAGCAUCACGUAUACGUAGAUUUACAGCAAGUUCAAUAUCAUCCAAUGAUUUAUUACCAAUGGAACCACCAUCCUCUUAUCAAUCAUAUCGUGAUGCAGAAAGUUUACGUAUAAUGAUGGAACGUAAUUCAAAAUUUCAUGUACUUACAAAAGGUAAAGAUUGUUGUAUUAUGCGACCAGGUGAAAUAUAUCAACCGAUUGAUAUGAAAUUAAUCAUAAAUCAUCAAGAUAAUCAUUGUAAUAUACAUCGUUAUACAUUGACAACAAAUUUAAAAUGUGAUGAAUUAUUACUAUGGAAACAGCAAUUACAUUUUAAUAAUGGAUUUUUUAAUCUUAUACAAACUAAUCAUAAAUAUGGAUUAUUAAAUCAAAUUAGUAGUCAAAUUAUUGUUGAUAAUUCAAAUCCAAUAAAAAUUUUAUAUUUACGUUUUCAUAAUUCAAUUAUUUAUUUGACUGGAAUUAUUACACCGAAUACAUCGACUGCAUCAACCAUGGAAGAAUUUGAUUCUUCUACAGAAAAAUCUGAAUUUGGUAUAUUAGUCUGUUGUACUAUAUCAGAUAAAGAACAUUUCGAUAAUGAUAAACAUACUCAUAAUAAAACUAAUUUGAUCAAUGGCAGUAAUAAUCAUAAUAAUCACGAAAUCAAUUCUGAAUCAAAUCAAAAUUCAUCAUCUUCAUCAACAAAUAAUCCAUUUCCAAUUAUAGCUACAUCAAGUUUAUUUUAUCGUGAUACAGUUGGUUUAGAAAGACCAAAUCAACCAAUUAUUUUUGGCAUAGAUAUUGAUCAUACCAAUGGUGAUAUUUAUAUUGCACAACCAGCGAAUGCAAUGAUAUGUCGGUUAAAAUCAAAUGAUUUAACUAGAAUUGAUCGUACUUGGUAUUUAAAUGAUCCACAAUUAUCACCAUAUUUUUUAUGUUUAGCUAAAAAUGAACAAAAUGUCUGGGCAACAUGUCCAACAGAAGAUAAAGUCUUGAUACUCGAUAUUGAUAUUGAUGGAUAUUUUCAUUUUACACCAAGUGUUUCAUUUAAUAUUAUACCAGGGCAUAUAAUUUACACAUCAGAUAAUCGUAUUAUAUUAUUAGAUCAAUCUAAUUAUGAUUUAUAUUGGAUAACACGAAUUGAUAAAGCAAUUUGUGUUCAACGUUUAUAUUAUAAUAUUGGUAGUCAUCAAGAUAAGAAAUUUCAAAUUAUGGCUAUUCAACCAGUGUACAGUGAUGAAACUAGUCAUAGUUAUGAUGUAUCUGAUCGUCAUCAUCAACAACAACAACAACAACAAACUAAUCAUUCUAACACAAACAAUAAUCAUUCUCAUGAGAAUGGUAAUAGUAAAUUGAAAUUAUUUUCAAAACAUUCCUUUCCUACAGUUACAUCAUCAUCAUCAUCAUCACAGUCAGUUGAAAAACUACGUGGUGGUAUUAUGUGUGCGCAUAAUUACGGUUGCACAGUGAUUUAUCCACAAAAAUUAUUUUCACGUAAUAAAUCUGCUAAAAUAUCAUCAUGUUUAAAUUUAUGCGGUAGAAUAUAAAACAGAAGAAGAAGGGAUUUUCAUGAUUUCAUAAACUAACUAGUCAGGGUAUGUAUAAUCAAUCAAUCAAGAAACAAGAUAGAUGGCUGUGGAUGGAAUUUAGCAUUCAAUGAAAAUAUAUUGUUGUGAAUGCUUUUUAAAAUUGAAAAAGAAUCUUCUACAAAUUGUUGCAUUUAUUUAUGUUUUGUACAAAUAUUAAAAAAAAUCUCAUAAAAGAAGUCUGGUUUACUUCUGUGAAUUCAUGAUAAUCAUCUUUAUAGCUUAUGCCCGUGUGUCUCGUCACAUAAACUCAUUGCACACACGCACACACCUAUGUUUUAACAGUGAUUCACUUGAACACACUGAAUACAGCAUAUACACUUUUAUCACUGUAAUGCCUUUCCUUCCUUUGACAUUUUUGGCAAAAAGAAGAAAAAAAAAUGUGAUUACGUUUUGGUAUUGUGUUAGCUGAGAUUUUGACUUGUUUUUGUUUCGUUUUUUAAAAAAUAAAUCACAUGACAUUAUCAUCUUGUAUAUUUAUUUCACAAUUAUUGUCCAUUUUCUUUUUCGCUUCAUUCAUUUGUUCAUUGCUUAUUAUUUUAAAUUUUAGCUUAAAAAAACAGUUUUACACAAUUUACACAAUCAAAUCAAUUUUACAUAAUCACUCUGAAUGAGAUGCAUACUAUAACAUGUUGAAAUUCAUUUUACCAAUUACCAAAAUGUUACAAUGUAAAACAACACCACCAACAAUAAAAAUGAAAUCUUACUUUGAAGAUAUGGUUGGUGUUUUGUCAUUUGAAUGAAUUACUAAGAUCUAAAAGUGAAUAUUUUAGCUAAGAAUAUUGGCUGACA